AUGGCUGCCACUCACGAAGUUACGCUCCAAGGGCAGACAUUUGGACUCGUAGCAUUUGGAUACAUUCCCUCAGAUUUCAAGGACGAGACUGGCGAGACGUUGGGUGGCAUAGGCAGCGCCAUUGCCAUUGAGCGCGGCACUUUUGCGCAGAACAAAGAUGGUACCUUUUCUGGAAACCUGCUGGUUCAACCAGACCGAGGCUAUAACGUAAAGAACCCAAUUGAUUGGCAGACGAGAUUUCACCGCCUUUCUUUUACUCUCAAGCCCUACUACGGAGCCACAAACCUCGACUUUGCCGAGGCAGCAAAGACACUAGAGCUGCGGUACCUCUCAACUACCCUGCAUACAUUCCACUCCGAGCGAACCUCUGGUGCCGACCCUGGCACCUCCACUACGUUAGGGAAUCCAACCGUAACCUAUCCCAUGUCAACUACCACGGAUCCUCACCUCACAAUCGACCCCGAGGGUCUCGUUCAGAACCGCGGCAAGCCAGGAACAUUUUGGAUGAGCGAUGAGUACGGCGCGUACAUAUAUCUCCUCUCCUCCAAAGGGGAAAUCCUUCACACGAUUGUUCCUCCCGAUGCCGUAUUGCCCCGUGUCAAUGGCGUACUCAACUUUACGUCUGUCGAUGAUCCGGACAGCGGAAGAAGUGAAAAUAAAGGCUUUGAAGGUCUAACGUGCUCGGCAUCGGGUGACUCGCUCUACGCAAUGCUGCAGAGUGCGCUCGUACAGGACGGUGGUAAAAGGAGAAGGACGAGUAGACAUACGCGACUCUUCAAGUGGAACGUCGAAGAUCUCGAGAAUAAAGGUGCUAUCCUAGAAGCGGCAUAUGUUGUGGCGCUUCCACAGAGCGGAAAGCCAGAGACGUAUGCACAGAGCGAGAUACAUUGGUUGAACAAGGACCAAUUCCUUGUGCUCGCCAGGGAUGGAAACGGUAAUGGAGACAAGGAACCAGAGUCUGCUUACAAAGGGAUCGAUAUCAUCGACAUCUCCCCUGCGACCGACAUCUCCAAUGACGAGUACAACGCUGCCACGGGUGCAGUCGCCCCUGGCGGUCAACUCCUGAGCCACAUCACGCCCGCCACUUAUGUUCCAUUCAUCCAACUUACCGACUCUGUACAACUUGCACGCUUUGGAUUACACAACGGCGCACCCGUAGAUCAAACCCUCAUCGCGGCCAAAUGGGAGAGCCUUGCACUUGCCCCAGCAUGCGACCCAGAGUAUCCCGACGACUACUUUGUGUUUACAUUUGCGGACAACGAUUUCAGGACACGCAAUGGAGUGUCUAUGGGCAAGCCAUACGACGCGGGGAUGAAUGUCGACAAUCAAGCCAUGGUCUGGCGCGUGACGCUCCCAACUGUCAAACGAGGAUCGGUGGAAAAGUCCAUUGGAAUCUAA